AUGAACAAGAUCCGCGCCAUCCAGGAGCUGAACAGGAAAGAGAUCGAAAAUGGAAUCUCCCCCGAGGGCUCCUGGCACGUCGACUAUCGCGACACUGCCUACAUAUACUUCGGCGGCCUUCCAUACGAGAUGUCCGAGGGCGAUGUGAUCACCGUGUUUUCCCAAUUCGGCGAGCCUGUCUGGCUCAAGCUGGCGCGCGACAAGGAGACGGGCAAGUCCAAGGGCUUCGGCUGGCUCAAGUACGAGGACCAGCGCAGUACCGACCUGGCGGUCGACAACCUUGGUGGCGCGACCAUAAAGGACCGGCUCAUCAGUGUGGACCACGCGCGCUAUAAGUUCCACGAAAACGAGGACCCGGAUGAGGGCAAGGUGGACUGGGCGACGGUCGCGAAGCUGGAAGGCGGGGACAAGACGGACGAGGAAGAGUCGGAAGAGGAGCAAGAAGCUCGGCCGAUGCUUCCUGAAGAGAGAGAGCUUGCUCGUCUGAUAAGGGACCAUGACGAGGAUGACCCCAUGAAGGGGUUCUUGAUUGAGGAGAAAAAGAAGGAGAUCGAGGAGGCGCUGCGGCGGCGGGACGACAAGUCGGACAAGAGAAAGAGACACAAGCAUCGGCACAGGUCGCAUAGGUCGCGGAGACAUGAAAGUGACGAGGAAAUGAGGGACGCUGGUCACGAAGAGGACAGGCACCGAAGCAGGAGGUCACGUCGCGACGACACACCAGACGAGAAGGACCGCAGAGACGACGACAGAAGCUCUCGACGACAUGGACGGCGGGAUGAGUCUCGGGAAAGAGACGCCAAACGGGACGGCAGAGGCCGGGGGGGCAAGGAACGCUCCAGAGAAAGGCGAGAUAGGGACACGGGCGAGACCGACGAGAAGAGGCGGGAGCGCCGUCAUCGUGACCCUGACGAGUCGGCAGAACGUACCCAUAGACGGCACAGGGAUCGCGAUGAUGAGCGGCGACACAGGAGGCGAAGCCGCAGUCGGUCGCCGUGA